AUGUCGCUGCUUCCCCGUUCAUUCAGUUAUACAGACACACAACAGAGUCUCGCCGGCCCGAAGCUCAUGACUGAAGUCCUAGUACCGGAGCUCGAGGCCUUGUCGCUGCCCGGCGAGUCGUCGAGUGCGUACCUCAAUGAAGCGGAUUCUAGCACGCCACAUUGGCAGAAGGCGUUCUAUGGGGCGCCAUAUACUCAUCUCCAUACCAUGAAGGAGAAGUAUGACCCCGAACAGGUCUUCUACGGUCGUACGGCGGUGGAGAGUGAACGGCGGUUCGAGAAGGCAGAUGGGCGGUUAUGUCAGGCUGCUUGA